AUGGCACGCAUGAGCAUCCCCCUUGACGCGCUGACGUCCCGUUUCAAUCUGUCCGAUCGCUUCCACAGCGUCCGCUCGCAGUCCAUCUCCUCACGCUUCGCAAACAUCAAACCCAUAUCCGAGUUUCUGGAUUUGAAGAGAUUGUCAAAGCCCCAUGACUUUGGUGAAGUCCAGAGCAGAGUCAACUACAAUCUGAGCUAUUUCUCUAGCAACUAUGCGGUGGUCUUUGUUAUGCUGAGCAUCUACAGCCUGCUUACCAACUUAUGGCUCCUCUUUGACAUCAUUCUGGUCGUUGGUGGCAUGUGGGCGAUUGGCAAACUGGGAGGAAGCGAUCUCGAGUUUGGUACUCUCCGUGCCACUACGUCUCAACUCUACACUGGACUGGCCUGCAUUGCGGUCCCUGUCGCGUUUAUCUCUUCACCCAUCUCGACAUUUCUGUGGCUCAUCGGUGCGACCGGGGUGACUAUUCUGGGUCAUGCUUCACUUAUGGAUAGACCAAUCGAGAAUGCUUUUUCCGAGGAGGCGGUCUAG